AUGUUUUCCUCGAUAGCGAGAGUGUUGGCGGGCAACCAGACUACUUCUUGGAUAUACGAGGGCAAUGGCGAUUCCCAUUUCCCAGGACCGCUGGAGACUACGAGGUCAGAUUCAACGUCAUCGGACGUUGCUGAGCACAUGAUCUCGUUUCUCAAAGUGCCCGACAUAUUGGAAGGCGUUUCGGCCAGUCUGGCACAUCUCAUGCUGCAGCAACUCGGCGAGAAGGUCACUGGCCACCCUGGGCGGCAGGUACUCUAUGUUGAGAUCAGAUGGGUCUGGUUGGUGCUGCCCUUGAUGGUAGAGACUGUCGGCAUCAUAUUGCUAUUCCUGACGGCGUGGGUAACUCGGGAAAAGAAGACGCCUCUAUGGAAGGAAUUGUCGCUUGCAUUACUUUUUCACGGACUGGACGAGAGGAUCUCAAACAAGGACGUGCCAGGACGGCUGCAAGCGGUAUGA